AUGUUUAAGGCUCUAAAUCACAAAGUUACAGCAAGAAUUCAGGAAGGGGGUGUGGAUGAGGUUGGAACUGAGACAACAAUAGUUGGAAUCACAGCCGUGACAACCAAAGUUUGGGAUGGCAGUCUAGUCGUGACCACUUUAGCCGAGAUGGAGGACGACCAAAUCAAAACUCUUUCCUGCGAUCAAUGA